CUGACCAUUUACAAGGCGAACUGAAAAUUAAUCGCAGGAGAUACUGAGAUUGAUCCGGAGAACGACAGAAGAAGGUCGACCGGAGCUCAGAUUACUAAAAGGAGAGGCAACGGCAACGAAGACGCGCCUCUUUUCUCAAACGAGUUUCCCGCCACGGGCGGACAGAGAGAGACAGAGAAAGAAGGAGAGAGAGAGACAGAGAGAGAGAGAGAGCGCACCGUACUCAGUGUGGUCCCCUCUGGUGAGAUCCGUUUCGUGAGGCUUUGCUAUUUCCUAAAAAAUCCGAAGGACGAGGUUGAACGAUGGCAAAUUCCUAAGUUUUUCCCUCCACAUCCACAUCUUCGUUCUCCUCUUCUCUCUCUUCCGUGGCAACUGUAGCGUGUGACUCCGUCUCUCUUCCUUCUCGACACUGCACAAAUUCUUCCUAUCAUUGCGUUGUUGGAGGAAUCUCAUUGGGUUUCAAUCGAGUAUAAACUGGUUUCAUGGGGAUUAUGGAAGCAGGGGGCCGUUUUCCUGGGCAUCUAGUUGAGUUGGGGGACUAGGGGUUUUGAAUCCUUGGUCCCGUAAUGGUGGUUCGGAUGAUUGGUGGAGCGAUAGGAUGAGUGUUGAGAGGCUCGGCAGCCCGUUUCUAGGGUUUCCUGAUCGAAACGGAGGGUUAAUCUCGUGCACCCACUUGAGGAACUUUGAUCGUGGAGCUUACCUGAAGUCGUCGGUUAAUCGGAGGAAUCGUGAAGUGCGAUGUGAAAGACGCGCCCCCUUCUUGGCUUUCGGUAAUGGCGCGUUCCGGAGCUCUUUGCCGAAGAAUCAGGUGGCGAUAUUUGCGAAUGGCCAAAAUGGGAUUUUCGAUUCCAAGGGUUCGGAAGCGUGGGGUAGGUUGAGAUCGAAGUGCGCGAGCGAGGAAUAUGUCGGACAGGGUCGUUUCACUAGGGGAUUCAACAGGCUAUGCCGGGAGGGGUUGCUUUUCGUGCGGUGUACGGUCUUCAUGGCUGUUGUGUCCGGGGUCGGGAUUUUGAUUUGGUUGGGGCAGAUGAAGGCGAGGGAAUUUGUCGAGGACCGUCUCUUGCCUGCUGUCGCUGCGUCGUUAAGCGAUCACCUGCAGAGGGAAUUCGAUCUCGGCAAAGUUCGCCAGGUUUCUCCACUGAGCAUUAGCUUGCAGUCUUGCUCAAUCGGUCCUCACAGGGAAGAGUGCUCCUGCGCCGACGUGCCGCUGGUGAAAGUGCGACUGCGCCCAUUUGCUAGCCUUAGGAUGGGUAGAAUUGUGAUCGAUGCAGUCUUGUUGCAGCCCACAUUGCUAGUUGCUCAGAAAGAGGACUUCUCCUGGUUGGGGAUUCCGCCAUCUUCAGAGAAGGAUUGGAAGAGAGUCACGUCUGACGAGGAGGGAAUAGAUCGUCGAACGAGGAUCAGAAGGGCAGCCAGGGAAGAAGCAGCUGCCGAUUGGGCUAGAGAGAGGAACGCCUCUGCGAGGAAGGCCGCAGAGAUGGGUUACAUUGUUACUCGUCAGAGAUUUGGAUCGUCAGCUGAGGAAGAGAGGAAUGCUGGACCUUCUUUCCUGGAACCUACUACUUCCGGCUCUUUCUUUUGCUCGGAUGAGCGGACGCCAUGGAGAGACCACCAUUGCGUGGAUACUGGUCUUGGCUAUGAAACCAAGCAUGCAGGUCUUGAGAAACCAUUUAGAGUGGGCAAUUCUGCAUCUGGCCGCGGAUUUUGGUCCCAAAUUCUGUAUGACCCACUUGGUCGAAGGUUCAAGAGGAGGAAAGUUAGGAGAAAAAAGGCCUUGGCUGACUACGUUGCAGUCCAAAGUAAAUUGCUAGAGCGUAGUGCUGCUGCUGCACUUGCCUAUUUUCGGAGAACUGAUGACGGAAGUGAAGCUGCUUAUGAUGAAGCUUUGGCGUAUGCCUCGAAUGAGGGCUUUCAUGGUGGCGGUCCCAAUGCAAAAAUACUGGAGAAAGAUCAAGAGGGUAUUAAAGAAACUCUGGCAUCAAAUGGUAGUGACAGUAAUCAGUUUAGCUCGGAUGAGAAUGGUUCAAACCUGUUGGUUGGUGUGCAUGGUGAAAAUGGUAAGUGCAAGGAGACACCAUUAGGAACUUCGAGAGGAAUCUUUCAGAACACGGGAGAAGUAGAGACGCCAUAUAGCGAAGUGAAUUGUCAAGAAUCUGGUUUAUUAUUAAGUAGAAAAACAGCCGAGGUAGAUAAACAUUGUAUGGGUGAAUCAACAGCAUCAAUCCGUGAUUCUGCUGGAAUGGAUGUCCAAAAGAACAGGAACAGUCGGUCAGGGGAAACUGUGAUGCAGAGUCCUAAGAGCGACAGGUUAGGACCUGCACGUUUAGAUGCAAAUGGUGUGUAUUUUGGAACCGGCAAUAAUAUCAUGGAAGAGUCGAUUCAGGACGCUUUAAGUGGGGCAAAAGGCAGUGAAAACCAUAAAGUGCCAGUCGAUCUUUCUCAAGGGUCGAAAUUGGUCUUAGCAAAUUUAGUUUCAUAUAUAGAAAUGAAUCGAUCAAUAUAUAUGUCUGAAUUAGCCCAUAAAUUCAAGUUGGUUUCAUGGCUGGAAAGUGCCCUUAUUCAUAUUUCUGAAUUUCUGGCUAGUCAUGCUCAGAGAGUCAAGCCUUAUCUGAGUGCAAAAGCCGAGAGUCUUGCUGCUGACUUUGUUGAAAUGGUGGAUGAAGAUGAAGAAAUAGCGAUUACUGGUGUUGACAAGUUGCUUCCAGUCACAGUUGAUUCUGUAUACUUCUCUGGAGGAACACUGAUGUUAUUAGGAUAUGGCGACCGGGAACCAAGGGAGAUGGAAAAUGUCAAUGGGCAUGUCCAAUUACAAAAUCAUUAUGGACGUGUGCAUGUGCAGCUAAGUGGGUAUUGUAAAGAGUGGCGAACUGGCAUACCAUCCAAAGGGGGAGGCUGGCUUUCUGCCGAUGUCUUUGUUGACAUUAUUGAACAGAAAUGGCAUGCCAACAUAAAGAUUUCAGACUUCUUCGCACCGCUGUUUGAGAGGAUUCUGGACAUCCCAAUCAUAUUUUCAAAAGGCAGAGCUAGUGGUGAGGUUCAUGUAUGUAUGGGUGACGGCGACACUUUCCCUAAUCUUCACGGCCAGCUUGAUGUGGACGGUUUGGAGUUCCAGUUACUUGAUGCACCAGCAUGUUUCUCAGAUAUAAAUGCAAGUUUGUGCUUUCGUGGUCAAAGAAUAUUUUUGCACAAUACAAGUGGGUGGUUUGGUGAUGCUCCUUUAGAGGUAACUGGCGAUUUUGGUGUAAAUCCAGAAGAUGGGGAAUUUCAUUUGAUGUGCCAGGUGCCUUCAGUUGAAGUGAAUGCACUGAUGAAGACUUUUAAGAUGAGACCCUUGUUGUUUCCUUUGGCUGGCUCAGUAACAGCUGUUUUCAACUGCCAAGGCCCUUUGGAUGCCCCUGUGAUAAUUGGCAGUGGAAUGGUUUCCAGAAGAACAGGACAUAUUGCAAGAGUCCCUUCAUCAUUGGCAUAUGAAGCAAUGUUGAAGAACAAAGAAGCUGGAGCCAUUGCAGCUUUUGAUCGUAUUCCAUUUUCUUAUGUUUCUGCGAAUUUCACUUACAACAUGGACAACAGUGUUGCCGACUUGUAUGGUAUUAGAGUGAGUCUUCUGGAUGGUGGUGAAAUUCGUGGUGCAGGAAAUGCAUGGAUUUGUCCUGAGGGAGAGGAUGAUGAUUCAGCACUGGAUGUUAAUUGGUCUGGAAGUUUGUCAUUUGAUGACGUCAUUUGCAGGUAUUUACCUGCUGAAGUGCAGCCACUGCCAGUUAAGAUUGGAUACAUAAAUGGGGAAACAAAACUUUCUGGUUCUCUUUUGAAACCGAGAUUUGAUAUUAAGUGGGCUGCACCAAAUGCUGAAGAGUCAUUUAAUGAUGCUCGUGGUGACAUUAUAAUUGCCCAUGAGCACAUCACAGUUAGCUCUUCGUCAGCUGCUUUUGAGAUCUAUUUAAAACUUCUAACAUCAUAUCCUAAUGAGCUUUUGGUUGACCAGAGGAGACCUGAGGAUUUAAAGAAUCCAGUGCCUCCAGUUAUUGAUGGAGUUGAACUAGAUCUUCGUUUGCGUGGAUUUGACAUUGUUAAUUUGGUCUCUUCAGAUUUAUUUGGUACACCAAAACCAUUGCAUGUAAAAGCAACUGGAAGGAUAAAGCUUCAGGGGCUUGUAACGAGAUCUCCCAAUGCUGUUGAUGGAAAAGGGGCUUUAGGCAGUAAGAGGAAUAUGAAUGGCACCCAUGUUGUUGCAGAACAGGGACCAUCGGUUCUCAUUGGGGAUGUAUUGUUGUCUGGAAUCAGGUUAAAUCAAUUGAUGAUAGCACCCCAUUUAGUGGGAUCUGUGAAUGUCUCGCAGGACAAUAUGAAGCUGGAUGUCUCUGGGAGACCAGAUGAAAAUUUGAUGGUGGAAAUUGUUGGGCCUUUUUUGCGGACUAAACAUAAUGAUCUGUCAAAAGGGACAAUGAUAUCAACCUCUUUACAGAAGGGGCAGCUUCGGGCUAAUGUUUGCUAUCGGCCACAUUAUUCUGCAGAUCUGGAGGUACGAAAUUUACCACUCGAUGAAUUGGAAGUAGCCUCACUCCGAGGAACUAUACAAAAGGCUGAGCUUCAACUAAAUUUUCAGAAGAGAAGAGGUCAUGGGUCCUUGUCUGUAAUUCAUCCAAAAUUUAGUGGUGUACAAGGUGAAGCUCUUGAUGUGUCUGCCAGAUGGAGCGGUGAUGUUAUAACUAUUGAAAAGACUGUCUUGGAGCAACUGAGCAGCAAGUAUGAGCUUCAGGGGGAGUAUGUUUUGCCUGGUACUCGUGAUCGUUACCCUGCUGAAAGGGAGGCAGAUGGUUUGAUGAAACGUGCCAUGGCAGGGCAGUUAGGUAGAGUGAUAUCUUCGCUGGGGAGGUGGCGAAUUAGGCUGGAGGUUCCUCAUGCUGAAGUUGCUGAAAUUCUUCCUCUUGCUCGUCUUCUUUCCCGAAGUAGUGAUCCUGCAGUUCGAUCAAGAUCAAAGGAUUUUUUUAUGCAAAGUCUGCAAGCUGCUGGAUUCUAUGCAGAAAGCCUGAAUGACCAACUAGAGGCUUUACAUCUCCGGCAUAUUUCUUCGGAUGAUGUUAGUCUUGAAGAUAUUUCUCUUCCAGGUUUAUCUGAACUCAGAGGACGUUGGCGUGGGUCACUUGAUGCUAGUGGUGGAGGCAAUGGGGAUACCAUGGCAGACUUUGAUUUCCAUGGGGAGGAUUGGGAAUGGGGAGCCUACAAAACUCAGCGAGUUCUCGCUGUUGGUGCAUAUAAUAACAAUGAUGGUCUGCGUCUUGAGAAAAUAUUCAUACAGAAGGAUAAUGCGACUCUACAUGCAGAUGGGAAUAUAUUGGGUCCAAAAACAAAUCUUCAUUUUGCUGUUUUGAACUUCCCUGUUAGCCUUGUUCCUGCUUUGCUUCAGGUUAUUGAGUCUUCAGCAACAGAUGCAAUACAUUCUUGUAGAGCAAUCCUGGCACCAAUUAAGGGCAUACUACAUAUGGAAGGAGAUCUUAGAGGAAGUCUUGCUAAACCUGAGUGUGACAUUCAAGUAAGACUCCUAGAUGGUGCGGUUGGUGGCAUUGAUCUUGGACGUGCUGAAGUCGUUGCUUCUUUGACCUCAACUAGCCGUUUUCUUUUCAGUGCUAAUGUUGAGCCUGUCAUCCAAAGUGGCCAUGUGCAUGUUCAAGGCAGUAUUCCAAUAACCCUUUUUGAGAAUGAUUCACUGAUAGAAGAUGAAAUAGACAAGGAAAGCAUGAGAACAAAAUGGUUCCCCACCUGGAUGCAAGAGAAGGUAAAGGAUAAUUCUGAAACGGUUGGUGACAAAAAGGUUACCUGGGAAAGGAAUGAAGAAGGGCGAGAGGCUUAUUUGACAGAACACUUUAAAGGGCUAAACUGGAACAUUUCAGAUGUUAGUGAGGUAAAAAUUGAUGCAGAUAUAAAAGAUGGUGGCAUGAUGCUAAUUACAGCUCUAUUUCCAUAUGCGGAUUGGCUUCACGGUAGUGCUGACAUUGAUUUACAGGUGAGGGGCACGAUUGAACAACCGGUAUUGGAUGGGACCGCUUCAUUUCAUAGGGCAUCAGUAUCGUCACCUGUCCUACCUAAGCCACUGUCUAAUUUUGGAGGUACAGUUAAUUUCAAAUCUAAUCGUCUAUCCAUCAAUGUUCUGGAGAGCAGGGUAGGCAGAAAAGGAAGGUUAGUGGUGAAAGGGAAUUUGCCCCUGAAAGCCAGUGAAUUGUUUCCUGGUGAUAAAAUUGAUUUGAAAUGUGAAGUCCUGGAAGUGCGAGCAAAAAAUGUUUUCAGUGGCCAGGUUGAUAGUCAGAUCCAGGUUACAGGUUCCAUACUGCAGCCUGAUGUUUCUGGCAUGAUUAAACUAAGUCAUGGGGAAGCAUAUUUGCCCCAUGACAAAGGAGCAGGUGCAACCGUCAAUAGAUUAACAGCAAAUCGUUCAAGUCUUGCUAGCAGCAUUUACAGUCGGUUGGCUUCUUCUGGACAUGUUUCACGCUUUUUUGGUUCUUUAUCAACUGGUCCCUCAAAAGUUCCACAGCCAGCAGAGAAAUCAGAUGAAGUUGGACAGAAGAAGGAGUCUGUGAAAACAAAGCCAAGACUGAAUGUUCACUUAAGUGACUUAAAGGUUCAUCUUGGACCAGAACUAAAGAUCGUGUACCCUUUGAUUCUUAACUUUGCAGCCAGUGGGGAACUUGAGCUGAAUGGUUUGGCUGAUCCCAAGUGGAUAAAGCCUAGAGGGGUUUUGACUUUUGAAAAUGGUGAGGUAAACUUAGUUGCUACCCAGGUGAGGCUUAAGCGGGAGCAUCAAAAUAUAGCAAAAUUUGAGCCUGACCAAGGAUUGGAUCCGACACUUGAUCUUGCAUUGGUUGGAUCCGAAUGGCAAUUGAGAAUCCAAAGCAGGGCCAGCAAUUGGCAAGACAAUUUGGUUGUUACCUCUACUCGUUCUGUGGAACAGGAUGUUCUCUCACCAACUGAGGCCGCCAGAGUCUUUGAGAGUCAAUUAGCAGAGUCAUUGUUGGAAGGUGAUGGCCAGCUUGCCUUCAAGAAGUUGGCAGCUGCGACAUUAGAAACCUUAAUGCCAAGGAUCGAAGGGAAAGGUGAAUUUGGCCAAGCUAGGUGGAGGCUAGUUUAUGCACCCCAAAUUCCAAGCUUGCUUUCACUGGAUCCUACAAUUGACCCACUUAAGUCUCUGGCCAACAGCAUUUCAUUUGGAACUGAGGUGGAAGUUCAGCUUGGCAAACGCCUUCAGGCGUCAGUCGUCAGGCAAAUGAAGGACUCAGAAAUGGCAAUGCAGUGGACUCUUCUUUAUCAGUUGACAAGUAGGUUGCGAAUCCUUUUCCAGUCAUCUCCAUCCUGGCGCUUGUUGUGCGAGUAUUCGGCCACAUCGCAAGAUUAGUGUGCAAAAAAUAUGAUUUCUUUUAGGUAGUUCAGUUGUACAAAAGAAAAUUGUUUUCUGGAGAGAGAAAUAAAAAGUGAAAAAAAUGCGUUCUUGUAAUUUUGGUUUUGUAUAUGAUGUUAUUUAUCUGCAUCUAUGUUGCAGAGUCUGUAUAUAUUAUAUUGCUGUAAAUAUGGUAUAAUCAAUGGGUUAGAGAAAGUGCAUUUUUACAGGAAA